UUUUACAGGAUUUACGGUAGCGUUACCAGAAACGGAAGUUACCGUGACAACUUCCUUGGCAACAAGAAGCUUGUGUCUAGCUAGCAAUGUUUAGCUAAAUGCCUUCAGGAGAAACGUUUUCUGAAUUGCUUAUUUAAUUUCAACGGUUUUAUAUUUUUGUAAGAAUCCAUGGGUGCGACGUAGGAGAAAUAACUCCAGCUAACUGUAAAGUUAACAUUAUCUCAGCUAGCUUAUGAGCUAGACGUCUCAUUGUUCACAGCAACAUGUAUCUUUAAGACGAAAUGAAUUCCCGCCGGUGGUGUCGAUCACUUCAGAUAUGUAUCCUCUUUUUGUGUGGACGUUGGGCUCACGCGGCGACAGAUUCAGGGUUCACUUCAACCGUCACUCCGAGCCCUAUGAACGGGGAGUCAUUCAGCUCAGCGACCUCUGCUCCGGGCGGUACAGCGGCCGUGGACUCCACCACUGAGGCGGUCACCCCGGACUCCAUGACUCUGUCUGAAGCCUCCACUGUGGUCACUGAAGCCCCCACUGUGGUCACUGAAGCCCCCACUGUGGUCACUGAAGCGCCCCCUGCCACCACUGAAGCGCCCCCUGCCACCACCGUCCAGCCUCUGCUGGCUUCACAGGGUUGUCUCUGUGAUUUAACCCCUGAUUUCUGUGACGUCGGCUGCUGUUGCGACACAGUUGACUGUGGUAUUGCAAACUUGAGUACUGUCUUCACCGGAUGUCCACAGAAAGCCAUAUCAGGAGUUUGCAUUGAGAAGUGGCUGAUGUUCCGGGCUAACUUGGAUUCAUCUCUUGUCACUGUGACCGACUCCUUGUUUUGUGUCCAGCCUGUAGAUAUUUCCCCCCGGUCCCUCCCAGCUCUACCUCAGUAUCCAGAUCUAGGGGACUCGUACCACUUUUCACCACCAGCUCCUACAACCAGCACCCACAGCAGAGAUUUCUACAGGGUGGACGACGUCAUCCAGACAUAUUUCUCAGGCUCGUCAGUGCGGGGUCUCCUACGUCAGCCGUCUCCAGGAGCUGCCGCUGCAUUCUGUAUCAACCACAACCCUGCAAAGUUCUUGAGGUCUGCGUCUCUGUCUUGUACCCGCAUGUUGACUCCUCAGUCAUGCACCACGGACCCAAAUCUCAGCGCCCGCUCUUACUUCUCUGAGCUGAGCCUGAUCAAGAUCCCCAUAGUCGAGACGGCACAAGUCUCAGACUUUCUGAUCCCAGUUACUCCACUGUCUGACUGGCCUGCACCAAGUGAACAAAACAACUCCUGCGUCAAUGUGGUGAAAAAUGUUGAGUUUGUCGUAGGAUACACAGGCAGAGGGGAACUCACGUACGCAACCGUGAACGUAGUCUUAGCUGAUGUGGAUCCAAAUCAGUCGCUGUUGCAGAUGCACUCUGUGCAGUUCCAGCUGGCAACACCCAGCCCCACUCCAGGAGGGCCGACCCCUGCAUUCGGACUCAAGGUGGGGUCUCCUGUCAUUGGUCGCUUUGACGGAGAAGUGAAGCCUCUGACCACACUGUGGGUGUCACAGAGUGGGGAGUGUUCCCCGGACUCCCGCAGACGAGCCCCCGUCCUCUUCACACACAACACCGUAUCUGGCUGCACAUUCAGUUCCCCAUCUAGAGACUGCUCAGAGCUGCGUUCCCAGAUUUACGGGCUCUUGCAGGGACUCGCUGCUCCUGAUGUGAUCGCCAUGGACAUGGGUUCCCAACCACACUGGACGAGAGUCAUCGCACAGGACUGUCCCGUCAGCCUGCAGGAAACAUGUGAAUCAGGCUGCGUCCUCCCCAACUCUCUCUCUAUCCGAGUACUGUGGGCCCGCCAGGGUCUCCUCGACCUUCCACAGAACUACAUCCUGGGGGCCAAAUACCUUUUCCAGUGUCGAAACUUCAAGUGUCCUGCGUCGUCCCCCAUCAUUCUAACCACUGAGGUGACGUUUGCCGACACUACGGUUUACCCAGAACCCCCCAUGGGCUUGCCUCAGCCUAACUGGAAGUUUCCAUUUGGUUUCUUCACUAGAGGCACUGCUGAGCUGGACGGACACGUCGUCAUUAACAGCAGUGACACGCAGAAGGUCACAUGGAGUUUAAUGCUGUUCACAGUAAUGUUACUAACAGGAUUAAAAUUCUUCACGAGGUAGUCUGCCAGCGAAAAGUGGAGCAGUUAUCGAGCGCUUCUUAUGUGUAUGAAAGAAUGUUUAUUUUCUUACACUAUAAAGAGUUUUCAUCUAAAGUAAACAUAUACAAAUACCAUAACUUAUUCUCUUGUACAUUUUCAGGAA